AAUGCUAUUGAUAAAAUUUUGUUGCACUGUAUCUGUAUAUGUAGUUUUAGUAUCUGUAUAUAGUGUAGUAGCCGUUGCGAUACGUUGUAUCCUGUACAGCAAUAAAGUUCCUUCUUUCCUUCCUUUAUAUUGCACUUUGUUGUUCCAUGUUAAGAAGAACCACAAAAGUAUCAUAAUCUUUCCUGUCCAGCGUAGCGAACACAUGGUACAGUGGCGAACUCAGGGCCUCUCCGGUGUUCGAGUUUUUAUCUUCUGUCUUGUUUCUUUGUAUUUCACAUGUCCAGCGGAUUCGCCUUCCCAAGUGACGAGACAAAAUGAGAAGUCAACAUCGACGGCGUGCCCUGUUGCUGGUGUCACUAAUAGUGGUUCCAUUCCUGCUGUAUUACACAUCAGCACGUCUCAUCCCUGGUGAUAUGUUGUCCUGGAGUAAACUGGAAACCCGCGCAAAUACUAGCAGCUCCCUCCUGGAGCUUGAAGAAGCAGACAGUGACUACAGUGGAGGACUUGAGGGCGUUACCGGUACUGCAAACUCAUCCAUGGAAAAGCCAAAAGCUGGGGGAACAAGACCAUUGCAGGAAUUUGCAAAUUACGCGAAGUACAUACCGAAGGAAUCGGUUGCUUUGAAGAAGUUCAUAGCCGACCAGGCAGCUGUGCAGUCCAUACCGACGGAAGCACCUGGAUGGGUCUAUAACAAAACAGCUGCAGAAUUAUUUCGAAACAGAGUCAUACGCGACAGUCGCUAUGUGAACGGGAGCUUUCUGGUCACACAGGGAAACGUUGUGAAGAACGUUCUAAAGACCUACGGCAAGAAACCCACGAUAGUCAAGGUGCCAUCAGACGUCUUCAAAGGAUUUCCUAAAGAAAGUCCGUUUAAGAACAAACGGUUCAAUACUUGCAGCCUGGUAGGGAACGGAGGGAUACUGACGGGAAGCGGCUGUGGAAAAGAGAUAGACGCCUCUGAGUUUGUGUUCAGGUUCAACAUGGCUCCGAUGUACGAGGAAUAUUUGGAGGACAUCGGAAAGAAAACCAGUCUGAUCACCAUCAACCCCUCUAUGAUCAGAUACAGGUACAACUAUGGAGGAACAAGAAAGGUGACGGUAAAGACUAUAAACGUUAGAGCCUUGAUGUCUGACCUGUCAGUAUACGGAGACAGCUACCUCUGGAUCUGGGCCUUUGAAACUGCCACUAACGCUGAUCACGCCUUCAAAGCACAGCAGGCCCUCCAAGGAAACAGCGCCCGGAACCAAGUCAUCUUACCAUAUCCACGUGUAACAGGAUCGAUGAAAUCAUUUUGGAAAAAUAAUGGAAUCAGGGCGCAGAAGGCGUCGUCAGGACUUCUGUUUGUGGGUUUGGCCACACAGCUAUGCGAAGAGGUGCACCUGUACGGUUUCUGGCCCUUCCACUCCGACAGGAACAACAGACGUCUGACUGAGCAUUACUAUGACAAUGCCUUCGCCACAAAAUUUCACAGAAUAUCUGAUGAGUUCAGACAACUGCAGCAUCUCCACAACACCGGGGUUCUUCGUCUGACAACCCGCGCAUGUCAAUGAGCG